GAGGUAAAACGAGGCAGCUGCGCGCGGUCGUCAUCAGUUCACAACAGUUCUUCAGUGUAUCUGCACGCGUUGUUGUCUCUGCUCCUCACUACACCACAAAUAUGAGCCGUGCCACUAAGUCAGGACUUGCCGCCGAGGCCCAGUCCAAGGUUGAGGCAAAGUACAAUGAGGAGCAGGCUGCAGAGUGCUUGGAGUGGAUUGCUGCUGUUACAGGACAAGAAUUCGACAAGUCAGGCAAUGCAGACAACUUCUAUAAUAUUCUCAAGGACGGCAAGAUGCUCUGCGAAGUUAUAAAUGCCCUUAAGCCAGGGGAAAUUAAGAAGAUUCAGAAGUCUACCAUGGCCUUCAAGUGCAUGGAAAACAUCAACCAGUUUGUGGAUGGGGCCAAGAGUUGUGGUGUCCCCUCCCAGGAGACUUUCCAGACUGUUGACCUUUGGGAACGCCAAAAUCUUAAUUCAGUAGUCAUUUGCAUCCAGUCACUAGGAAGGAAGGGUGGCCAGUUUGGAAAGCCUGCUAUCGGUCCAAAGGAAGCAGAGAAAAAUGUCCGUCAAUUCACUGAGGAGCAGCUGAGAGCCUCUGACAGUGUGAUCAGUCUGCAGUAUGGCUCCAAUAAGGGUGCAAACCAGGCAGGAAUGUCUUUCGGCACCACCCGUCAUAUGUAAAUGUAACGUCGAACUUGUAAUAUCAUCCUGCACAAUUCAAAAACUAGUUUUAGGGUUUUUGGAAUGUAAAAUAUACGGUAUACCACUACAUUCUUGAGGGUUGUUAGCUAACUGAUGGGUCUGAUGUUUUUUCAGUGCGAAUGUGUUAUUUUUUAUGUUUUAAUUGUUUUUAGACUAGUGAGUCAAUAUUAUUGUGAGGAAUUUAAUUUAUUUUUUACUGAAUUGAGCAUUGGGAACAUAAAAGCAUUGUCCACUUUGCUACACUGAUAGUUGAAGUAUCAUACAAGCAAGGAAAUAAAAUGUUACUGACUGGCAAUAGUGUUUAUUAGAACUAGAUAGUUGACUCCAUGAACUUGGGAAAUAGUUUCUGCAGGUAAACCAACCUAGUUGUGUGAAUAGGACUUGAAAAUGUGAUGCAAGACAAUAAAGUUAGAAAAUGUAGCUGCAAUCUCGUUAAUGAAUUGGUAGUUACUCUUGAGCAUUUUUGAUAAUUUUUUCAAUAUGUAUUAAGUACAACUCAGCCAGAAUACAUAGCUUACAAAUUUAGAUUGUAUUGUAUUUAAUAUUAAUUUAUGAAUUAUUAUAAAAAUAAUUUUUCACACUUCUUUCAGUUGAAACUUUCCUGGUUAGGCAUUCUUAUUUUUUUCUGAAUCUCAGUAUGAUAAUUUUUUUAUGGAUACAUUUGCAAAUGUAUUCAUUUGAUUUCUGUUGAAUAAAUAAAUAUCUUUUAAAUUGAACCAUUCCUUCUUCAUGUGCUGUCACAUUCCAAUUUAUUAAAAACUUUAUAUGAAAAGAUUAAUAAACUUUCUUUACUAA